ACUAACUCCUGUGCGGCAGAAGUGUCAAGAAAGCAAAUAGAGGAAGAGGAAGAUGAGCUUUUUCUCAACAGUGUCUUCAUACUUCACAUGGAAAAAACCAGAGCCACCAAAAGGAGCUGAUGAUAAACAAAAAGCGGCUGCGUCCGAUCCAAACUACCAAACCUUAACCGGACUCAGUAAUGAUGUCUUUACCAAGCCGUCCACGCCAACGCCAGCAGCGGCAACGCCAGCAGCACCAGCGCCUGCGGCAAAGCAAGACUUCCAAAAACCGGCUACUCAGCAAAAAGCUGCAGCUUCUGAUCCAAACUAUCAGACCUUGACCGGACUUAGUAAUGACAUCUUCACUAAACCAUCCACACCAACACCAGCAGCACCAGCGCCAGCCGCAAAGCAGGACUUCCAAAAACCGGCUACACAACAAAAAGCUGCUGCCUCUGAUCCAAAUUAUCAGACCCUGACCGGACUCAGCAAUGACAUUUUCACCACCCCAUCUACACCCAAGCCUCCUGCUAAGCAAGAUUUUCAAAAACCAGCCACGGAACAGAAAGUUGCUGCUUCUGAUCCAAACUAUCAAACUUUGACAGGACUUAGCAAUGACAUUUUUUCGAAGCCAUCUACGCCAACGCCAGCAGCGGCAGCGCCAGCAGCAAAGCAAGACUUCCAAAAACCGGCUACUCAGCAAAAAGCUGCAGCUUCUGAUCCGAAUUAUCAAACCCUCACCGGACUCAGUAAUGACAUUUUCACCAAGCCCUCUUCGACACCAGCACCAUCUGCUACACCUAAAGUGGAGAUUCAGCCAGCUCCAGCAAGCGAAGAUCCGCUGCAGCUUUCAGUAAUAAAAGAACCAUCGCUACUACCGAAAGCAAAAAGCGACGAUGCCAAGCCAAAGGAAGCAGCAGCGCCAACAGGAGCAGCAGCAGCAGAGAACAAAUUCCAAACACCAGAUACGAAGCAGGUUGCUGCAGCAUCAGAUCCGAACUACCAAACUCUGCGCGGGUUGAGCAAUGACGACGUGUUUCUCAAAAAGGAUAGCGCACCGGCUCCUCCAAAAGACGAGAAAAAAGAUGCCCCAGCUCCAGCACCCGCUCCAGCUUCUGCUCCUGCUCCCGCACCCGCUGCCGCUCCCAAACCAGCGGCAGCUUCAGAUGAUAAUUACGAGAAUUUGAACGGACCGGACGAUAUCGAGUCCCUUAAAAUGCAGCUGCCUCCUGAUGCUCCAACUGAUGAUAACAAAGGACAACAGCUCAUAACUCCUAAUGCUCAAGAAGCGGACCAAAAGAAAGCACAAACAGUUAAUCAUUAG